UUCGCCAGCGUCCGUAGGCACGCUGUCUGAGCUGAAGCAGUGGGCCAACAACGCAAUGACCAUCUCAAUGCUUGUGGGCAUUUCCUGGGCGCCGAUUAUUGUGCGUAUUGCAAAAUAGUGUGUUCGGAGAUCUAGUAAGAAGGCAUAAACCUUCGUGUUAAUACGUAGAUGCUGCGUUUGCGUUGCACAAAGUUGUGGCCAGGUGUUUUUUGGACCGACCGGGGAUUCUUAUUUUACAAGAACCUGUGUUGUGUUGCGCUUUCUUCGGCGGUUGAACUGCAUCGGUAAGUCCAGUGUCGGCUGUGUCCGCCUUUGUUGAACUAGCUGAGACUGACGACAUCGAAGAAAUCGGCCGAUGUGCGUUUAUUCCAAAGCCGUUUCACCGUUUGAAAGCUGCACAAGACCUCUAGUCGCAGUUCUUCUUUCAUCGAUGGUGAACAGAGCGUCUGUGUUUUUCGCAUGGUGUAGUAGAUAUAAUUUCUUGCUUCGACUGCGCGAAUAUGAGACAAUCUGAGGUAACGUUUUGUCGUAUAGUCCUGCUGUAAAUAAAAGUCCAUGGUUGCCUUGCGAAUACGAUUUUCCGGGCUUGACUUGAAACGUCAGCAUCUAUGCAGGCUCUCGCGAAGUUCUGGUGCGUAGUGUCGCAAUAUUCACCACCAUCGAUAUAUUUCACGCACCGUUCAACUUCUGUAAAGACAGUCGUACGAAACUGCCCGCAUAACUGAGUUCUUCGAGUUUUCUUUGACCAGCUCGUCUUAUCUGAUUAGUUUCUUGGAUUUUGUGGCUGAUAGAAGAUACCUGAUUGGCUUUGCUCGAGUGUGACUCUUCUGUUGGUUGCGCGUUUGACUGCCAAGAAGCCACUCCCACCAUAACUGGUUAGUCGGCAGCACACGGCUAGGUAGGUCCGGCGUGUAGCUCGAUCAUUCCUUGAUUUCGACGCCGCUGCAUUAUGAGGUCGCAUGAAUCGCAGGAGACCCUUUGGUUGCGGUACUCUUGUUCAACGUCGGCCGUCGCUAAGCUUUCGCGUGCUUCGUCGCCCCGUGUCGUCUGCACCAGUUCCCGCUCGCGUCGUCUGCCUCCCGCGCGUCGUCUGCUAUACUCGGGCCUUCUCGCUGUCGCCCGCGCUGAUUAGCGGCCGCCCAUCUUAUCGCGCGCCUCGCAUCGUCGGUGCUUGUUGUCGACGCCGACGUGUCCAGCCUUGUCGAUCGGGCAGCGUGCGUCGAGCGAAAGACGCCGACGACCUUCCUCGCCGCGAAGCCCUUGCCCCGCGACCGCGGCUCGCACGAAGGCGUCGAAGAUGCAGCGGUUGCCCAGGAUUUCGGCGUCGCUAGGCCUGCUUACCGGGCGACGCGAGCUCGGCGAGACGGCGCGCCGUCUGCUGCUGCGACGGGCCAAGUCGUCGACGCCGGCGCUCGAACGUCUGCUGCCGACUCACGACGACUUCUGCAGCCGGCACCUGGGACCUAGGACCAAGGACCAGAAGGCGAUGCUGGACUACCUAGGACUCAAGAACAUCGGCGAGCUGAUCGACAAGACGGUCCCAUCCGGCAUCCGACUCAACAGGGAGAUGAAGAUAGACCAACCUCUCCGCGAGGAGGAGCUCCUCGAGCGCGCCCGCGAGCUGGCCUCCCAGAACGCCAUGUGGCGCUCGUACAUCGGCAUGGGCUACUACGGCUGCCUGCCCCCGGCCACCAUAGUGCGCAACGUGUUCGAGAACCCCGGCUGGACGACGCAGUACACGCCUUACCAGGCCGAGAUCGCGCAGGGCCGUCUCGAGAACCUGCUCAACUACCAGACCAUGGUGGCCGACCUCACGGGCCUGGACCUGGCCAACGCGUCGCUGCUCGACGAAGGCACCGCCGCCGCCGAGGCGAUGGGACUCUGCACCAGGUUCACCAAGAAGAAGACGAUGCUCAUCUCGGACAAGGUGCAUCCGCAGACUCUCGCUGUGGUUCAGACGCGCGCAGACGCCCUGGAAAUCGACGUGGUGGUGUCAGACCUCGCGAAGAUGGACUUUUCCAGAGGCGACGUGUGCGGUGUCCUCUACCAGUACCCAGACACCGAGGGAUCCAUCGAGAAUUUCGAGGGCCUUAUCAAGGCCUGCCACGACGCCAAGGCGCUGGCAGUGUGCGCCACGGACCUGCUGGCGCUGACGGUGAUGCGGCCUCCCGGAGAGCUGGGCGCCGACAUCGCCAUCGGCACCAGCCAGCGCCUGGGAGUGCCGCUCAACUACGGCGGACCGCACGCCGGAUUCUUCGCUGUGCGGAGCUCGCUCAUGAGGCUCAUGCCCGGCAGGGUUGUCGGCGUCACCAGGGACGCGACCGGCGGCCGCGCCUACCGGCUGGCGCUGCAGACGCGCGAGCAGCACAUCCGCCGUGACAAGGCGACCAGCAACAUCUGCACGGCGCAGGCGCUGCUCGCCAACAUGUCCGCCCUGUACGCCAUCUACCACGGGCCGGAGGGACUGCGCGACAUCGCCACCAGGGUGCACAACGCCACGCUGCUUCUCGCCAGAGGAGCCGCAAGCGCUGGUCAUCACGUGGUCCACCCGAGGUUUUUCGACACCCUCAAGAUAAAGCCGGCGAACUCUCAGGAGGCUGUUAAGAAACGAGCGACUGAGAAGGAAGUUAAUCUCCGGUAUUUCGUCGAUGGCACGGUUGGCGUCUCGUUGGACGAGACCGUGACAGAGAAGGACCUGGACGACCUCCUCUGGAUCUUCGAGAGUAAAAAGACGGCGGCUCAACUGGCCAGCGACGUUCCCGAGCAGCCCACGGACAGUCUGCUGUACAGCGAGCACAAGAGGACCUCCCCGUUUCUCACGCAUCCCGUCUUCAACACGUACCACUCCGAGACGCAGAUCGUGCGGUUCAUGAAGCAUCUCGAGAACAAGGACAUCUCGCUCGUGCACUCCAUGAUACCUCUGGGUUCUUGCACCAUGAAGCUGAACAGCACCGUAGAAAUGAUGCCGUGCUCGAUGCCGGAGUUCGCCAACAUCCACCCGUUCGUGCCACUGGAGCAGGCCAAGGGCUACCUCCGGCUGUUCGAGGAGCUCGAGCAGGACCUGUGCGAGAUAACCGGCUACGACAAGGUGUCCCUGCAGCCCAACAGCGGUGCGCAGGGCGAGUACGCCGGCCUGAGGGCGAUCUCUUCGUACUUUUCCUCCAAAGGACAGAAGCAAAGGAAGGUUUGCCUGAUCCCGAUGUCUGCGCACGGCACCAAUCCGGCGAGUGCGCACAUGGCCGGCAUGGCCGUCGACCCGGUGAACAUCAAGAAGGACGGCAGCGUGGACGUGGAGCAUCUCAAGGCCAAGCUCGACCAACACGGUGACAAGGUGGCCUGCAUCAUGAUCACGUACCCGUCCACGAACGGCAUCUAUGAGGAGACAAUCUGCGAAGUGUGCGACCUGGUGCACGCGGCGGGCGCCCAGGUGUACCUGGACGGUGCCAACAUGAACGCCCAGGUGGGCAUCUGCAGACCCGGCGACUACGGCUCGGACGUGUCCCACCUGAACCUGCACAAGACCUUCUGCAUACCCCACGGCGGUGGAGGACCCGGCAUGGGACCCAUCGGAGUGAAGGCCCACCUGGCACCGUUUCUGCCCUCGCACCCCGUCGUGGACCCGUGGUCGCUGGGCGGCGGCGGUCAGAGCUCGUUCGGCGUCGUGUGCGCCGCCCCGUGGGGCUCUUCGGCCAUCCUCCCCAUCUCGUGGGCCUACAUCAAGAUGAUGGGGUCGCAGGGGCUGCGACGAGCCACCGAAGUGGCUAUGCUCAACGCGAACUACAUGCGCAAGCGGCUCGAGGACCACUACAAGGUGCUCUACCUCGGAAAGAACGGUUUCGUGGCGCACGAGUUUAUCUUGGACAUGCGGGACUUCAAGAAGACCACCGGCGUCGAGGCCAUGGACAUCGCCAAGAGGCUACAGGACUACGGUUUCCACGCUCCAACGGUGUCGUUCCCUGUCAGCGGUUGCCUCAUGGUUGAGCCCACGGAGUCGGAAGACAAGCAGGAGCUCGACCGGUUCUGCGACGCCAUGAUCUCAAUUCGGCAAGAAAUCCAGGACAUCGAGAACGGCAACUUUGACAUGAAGCUCAACCCUCUCAAGAUGGCGCCACAUCCCCAAAAGGUGGUCGUCAGCUCCAAGUGGGACCUCCCCUACACCAGGGAACAGGCGGCAUUCCCAGCGAAGUUCGUGACGCCGGAGACGAAAAUAUGGCCGACUGUGGGUCGCAUCGACGACAUCUACGGGGACACCAACCUCAUGUGCAGCUGCCCGCCCAUGGAGACGUACGAGUCGCUCUAGUCGUCCAACCUGUUCGCAUCUUCAACUCCGUUUCGUGCGACCUCUCCGGGAUCCCAGUCAUCAUCGACCGGAACUGCGCUUGAAUAGUAGCCUGGUGUGAGCCGGAGACUCGUCCUCGGUGGCAAUGGGCCCGCAUGGCAUCUCCGCAGCAAACAUGCGCCCAAAGUGGCUCUCGGAACAAUGCAGUGCUUGCGGGCUGUUGACGUCAUGUGUAUUGAGCAGCAGGCGGACAGACCUGGCCGCGUUUGUUUUCGCGGACAUCCCGAGAAAACGGACGUGUCAAGUUUUUAGGAGUGGCUUGUUUUUGCUUUCUCUGCACAGGUUUGCUCUGCACAGGUUGGCGCUGGAGAUGUUGUUCCGUACGCUGUCAUAUUUGGCAAUAUCGCCAAAUUCCGCUUUGAAAUCAAUCGGAUACGACGUAGCUGCCCUGCGAGCGAAUCGGUGCUCGCAAGGUUACUAAUUUGACAAUGCGGCGUAAUUUGACAGUGUCUGAGGUAGUGCCUCGCCGUACGAUCCGAAUUCAUUCGCUAGUGGUUGUUGCCGGUUGACAAUAGUAUGACAUCGCGUUAGAGGAGCGUGAACAGAACUGAACUACGUUAGUAAAAUGCUCUACAAGGUGUAACGCACAAUCAGUAAUGCAUUUGUUAAAGGGUUGUCAACGUGUUGCAGCUAGCGAUUAUUUCCCGUCGCCAUCUUGAGUGCGACUCUUACGCUUGCUGGCGAGUUGUUAAGCAACGCGCGAGCAACUUUCCGUGGCAUACAAACUUCAACUCGCGCCCCUAUCUAAUCUCUGCAUCCGUAUGAAACCUUCAAGGAGCUGCAACGCAACAUUCGUGCGCCUAUAACGACUUACGGCGUUUAAACUGGCGUUGAGUUCUCUUUUGUUCGCGUAAGCAACUCUAAAAAAAAUUGAGGCACCCUCUUUAAUGCACUAACACGCCAGUUUGUUGUUUUCCUGUCUUCCACCUUGCAAUCUUCCGGUCACUUUCUGUUCUUUUGCUGUGAUUCAGCGUUGACAAGCUAUACGUUAGGUGUCCUGUCACGGUGUGAUGCCACAAAGACGUCAUCGCUGUUACUAGAAUGUUUUUUUUUUCGGCAGCUCUGCCUACGAUGCUUCCUGAUAUGCAAAAUUUCUUUCCAGAAUGAUGGGUCUUUUGCUGUGCGCGGUGAGUAAUGUAACUGUCAACGAACCAUUGUUUUGUUUUGACGCGAAUGGAGUUCAUUAGGCCGCAGGCGGAAACAAGUAAAUCCACCCAUUACUCGUCCGUCUGUUCUUAUGCAGAUUUCUAUGCUGCCAUGUGUACAUCCUUUGUAAAUUAUAUAUGUUUAUUGUAAAGGAAGUUUCCUACAUGC